UUAUUAAUUUUUAUAAACUAUUUUUUUUAUAAAAAUGUCUGUAAUUGGACUUAAAUUUUGGAAACAUAGGGAUUCAAUUACUGAAGAAGAGAAUAUAGAAAAUGGAAAAAUGACUAAUAAACUUUCGGCAAAACAUGGGGGUGCCGGUGAUGCACCAUUAACUUCUUAUCGACAAAGAAAUAGAACAAAUUCAACUCGAGCAGGAUCCAGAUCAGCACCUCCAACAUCAAAUUUGUCUGGCACGAAUAUAAAUAGAAUUUAUUUGAAUUCACCAGAAAUUGAAUCACCAGUUUAUAAAUCAACAACAAUUCCACUCGAUGAUAGUGAGCAACAGCGUCAAAGAUUUUCGUUUUUAAAAUGGUUUGCUUGCUUCAGUUGUUCAUCCACCAGGAAACAAGAUGACGAGAACGAAAGUCCUUGAAGUGUGUACAUUUUAAAUAUUGUAUUCUAUUUUCUUUUUAAUAAAAUACA